AUGAAAGCCAUAGCAGCAGUCUUCAGCCUUGCAUUGCCCAUCUUCUUCUUCUUCUCCGGGGUCCAAUCAGCCACAUUCACAAUAAAAAACAACUGCGCUUACACAAUAUGGCCAGGAACCCUAACCGGCGGUGGCAAGCCUCAACUGCCUUCCACCGGAUUCGAGCUCGGCCCCGGCGCCUCUCAAACCCUAGACGUCCCCGACGGUUGGUCUGGUCGUUUCUUUGCCCGGACCGGGUGCUCAGCCUCCAGCGGAAAAUUCUCGUGCGACACAGCCGACUGUGGCUCCGGCCAGAUGGCAUGCUCCGGCGCCGGAGCAAUCCCGCCGGCGACUUUAGUCGAGCUCACUCUCGCCGAAAACGGCGGCCAAGAUUUCUACGACGUCAGCCUCGUCGACGGCUUCAACUUGCCCGUUGCGUUGGCGCUACAAGGCGGCUCCAGCGGGUGCCAGAGCACGAGCUGCCCUGCGAACGUCAACGCUGUCUGCCCGCCAGAGCUGGCCAUGAAACGACCCGACGGGGCCAUAAUCGCCUGCAAGAGCGCGGGUCUAGCGCUUAACCAGCCGCAGUACUGCUGCACCGGCGAUUUCGGUACGCCGGACAAGUGCCCGCCGACGGACUAUUCUAGAAUCUUCAAGAACCAAUGCCCGCAGGCUUAUAGCUAUGCUUAUGAUGAUAAAUCUAGCACUUUUACAUGCUCGGGUGGUGCUAAUUACGCUAUCACUUUCUGUCCGUGAAAUUUGUAUUUGGUAGUUCUAGUCCCAUUAAAUUUUCCCUUUUGAUUA